AUGUACGGUAAUAGCAUAUGUGAUUUGUCAAAUGCAGGAUGGCCGUCAAUAAACCUACAAAUCUGGCAUCAUGAUGAGUUUGGCCGUCAGAAUCUUCAUGCGUAUGGUACAGUAUUUCUACCAGUGUCGCCGGGUGAGCAUCAGAUAAAGUGCUACACAUGUAGGCCGAAAGGUAGCCUGCGCGAAGAAAUGGUGCAACAUUUUCUGGGUGGUGGCCUGCUGCUUACCGGCGAGAGUUCAACGCGCCUUCUGGAAGAGAACGCAAAGUUGCGAACAGUGUCUAUGGGUAUUGUACAGUUACGUUUAUCAGUGAUCACUAAGCAUUUCGAUCGUUUCGGAAUCCAGUGUUAA